GAUCUCUCAGGCAGGCAUCGCUGUGCACAAUCUCCAGCCCUCCGCCAGCUGCAGCUAAUGAGUCUUUGUGUGGCUCGAGCAAAUGAUAGAGAGUGUUCGGUCUGUUUUAGACCGGAGCGUAUGCUAACAGCAGUGGAGACCCGGGUUUACCUCUCUCGCCCUGGUCUCCUCUUGAGUCCAAGUGCAAUGGAGGGCCUUCAUUCAGACCGUCUCAUCUGACUCUGAACAGCGUGAGGGAGGAGAGAAAAGCAGCAGCGGUCGCAGCCUGACGGCAGCCAUGAGUGGAAUUCUGAAGAGGAAGUUUGAGGAGGUGGAGGGGGCGUCGCCCUGCUCCUCACUGAGGGAGUCUGAGGAGGAGGAGAUAUCCAGCACUGAGAGCGGAGACAGCAGCGACAGCGUCAACCCGUCAGCGUCACACUUCAGCCAUUCUUCAUCAGCAUCAUCCUCAUCAUCAACACACGCACUGCAGCGGACAGCAUCCUCGAUACUGAAACGGGAGAAGCGGAUGAGGACGAGGAGGGUUCACUUUGAGAAGGUGACUGUGUAUUACUUCAGCCGGAGGCAGGGAUUUACCAGCGUGCCCAGUCAGGGUGGCAGUACGCUGGGCAUGUCCAGCAGACACAGCUGCGUGCGGCAGUACACGCUGGGAGAAUUCGCCAUGGAGCAGGAGAAAAUCCACAGAGACAUGCUCCGAGAUCACUUGAAAGAGGAGAAACUCAACUCUAUUCGUCUGCGGUUGAUGAAGAACGGCUCGAUGGAGUCCGAGGAGGCCAAUGCUCUCACGCUGGAUGACAUCUCUGACGAUGACCUGGACAUUGAUAACACAGAGGUGGAUGAAUACUUUUUCCUUCAGCCACUCACAACUAAGAAGCGGCGUGCUCUCCUGCGCUCAUCUGGGGUCAAGAAGAUCGAUGUGGAAGAGAAACAUGAGCUACGAGCCAUCAGGGUGUCCAGGGAAGACUGUGGCUGUGACUGCAGACUCUUCUGUGACCCGGAGACCUGUGCAUGCAGCCUCGCUGGCAUCAAGUGUCAGGUAGACCGCAUGUCAUUCCCGUGCGGUUGCACAAAAGAGGGCUGCAGCAACGCAGCCGGCAGGAUCGAAUUUAACCCCAUCCGAGUUCGGACUCACUUCCUGCACACCAUCAUGAAGCUGGAACUCGAGAAGAGCCGCGAGCAGCAGCAGAAUUCCGGCUCCAUCGCUCCGAACGGCAACGGUUUCCAUGGAGACCCGAACAGUCACUGCAGCCCCCUGAUGACGGGCCAGCAUGCGCUGGAAUACGCAAUCCCGGAUACAGCACCGCAAACCAACAUCAUGCACCUGCAGGCUGGCGACGACAUGGACGACACAUUGGAUGACGAGGAGGAAGAAGACGACGAAGAUGAAGAAGAUGAGGAAGAGGAUGAAGAUGAUGAAGAAGACGAGAAUGAAGAGGACGAGGACGAGAGCAGCAGUCUGUGCAGUCUAUCCGACUCCAGCACACAGAGUUUGGAGAACAGCGACUCUGAGGAGGAAGAUGAUAAUGAGGAUGAAGACAAGACGGAAGAGUUUGAUACAGGAUUUUCCAAUAGCGAAGUGGCUCCGCCCCCUUCUGUGAUGCAUUACUCAGAGAAUGCGGUCGUGUCAUGCAACCAAACGAAUGGCAAUUCCUACUUCAUCAACUCCACUGCAGAGUACUACCCAAUGGAAAAAGCUACUCCACCCGCACUUUUAGCCACCGCCAACCAAUCUAGGGAGCCCUUCUUAGGGGACACAGUGUCCUAUCAAGACAGGGUUAAUGACUCCAGUAGGGUCAUGUCUCAGGGUCCUUACAAUGUGACCGCUGACCAAUACACAGACUACUCCCAGCAGCCGGAGCAGCCAUACGCCAAUCACCACUUGGCCGUGAUUGGUUGUUGCGCCUCACAGCUGGAUAAAAGUGUCCAGUCCAAAGGGACCUUCCUCAGCCAAUCAGGAGAGCGGAGCCAGAUGGAAUUCCAAAACUAUAUGAACAACAAUACACAGGAUACAGGUUACAAUGCCAACGGGAAAUGUUACUUAGCUGAACAGCCAAAGGAGAUGUCUCACAAUCUGCCCGAAGUUUCGUUAGCGGACAACACAAAAGGACCUACUUUACUGGACACUUUUGCUGAGCCCACUCCGGUUUAGAUUAAGAGAGCAGCAAGAGUAUAAAAGCAGUCUUUGAUUCUGCACAUCAAUGUUUAGUUUCCUGUUUAACAUUUGCCGGAUCCAAAAAUAUGUAUUUUUACUUAACUUUGCAAAGAACAAAAAUCACAUCAGAGCGUAUAAGCUUUAGGUUGGAAACACUCUACGCAAGUAUGUGAACGCAAACACUUCACCCAGAAAUGAAAAUUAGCCCAUGAAUUACUCACCCUCAAGACUCUUAAACUUAUAACCACAAAUAUGUAAGUAUCAUGAUGUAUUAUAAAUGUUAUUAUGAUUAUUUAUGAAUUGAUAUAACAUAUUAUACGUUUUUUUUUUAU